UUGCUCAUACAGUACUAUCAGCAAUGGCUUUACAAAAACAUUGUUUGUUUAUUAUAAUUUAGGAAAACUCUGGUUAGUCUAGUUAUGGUUUUCAUAACUUAUAUAAUAAGCCUUUUACUUUAUUUAAGGGCCUUGAGACUGCAACAAAAUAAAAACUCCUCCAUGCUUUUGCUAGGCUACAAAAUUCAAAAAAAUUUAAAUUUUUAAGCAAUUAUACAUGUAUACACACAUAUGUCUGUAGUAUGUAUCUAUCUAAUUCUGCUUAUUCCCAUGCUUAGGGCCCCAUAAAAAGCUUCUGCCAGCCCUGCAAAAUAAAAUGAAAUAAAUCAAAACAGUGCCUUAGUAUGUCAAAAAUAAUGUGGAAAAGAUCUCAAAAUCAUGAGAAAGUAUCUCAAAAUAAUGACUUAUUAACUCAAAAUAAAACACAAUUUUCCUGUUGCUUUUCUAGUUAAUAAACAAUCCCAAAAAACAGGGGUUAGUCCCCAUUAAAUGCAACAUUUGUCCCACAUUUAUUGUCAGUGGUUGAGCGUGAAUCUCACAGAACAUGCAGUCUCAUUGGAUGGUGGGGCAGGGCUGUGGUGUCAGGUGAUGCAGCAGCAGCCACUACUACAUUUUCUCUAAAAUCUGCUAGGCUGUAAACCCGGAUGCUGAGCCAUGACUGCUGCUGCUGCUGCUGCUGAGCUGUGGGUAGUGGAAGGCAGCGGUAACGUUUCAGUACCCUUGAAGCGGACAGCUCUCCCCGGAUCCACGCGCUUCUGAGCACCGGGCUCCGCACAAUCCGAGCCCCGGAAAGGGCAGUAUCAUCCAGUUCAUACCCGAGACAGGGGGAGGGUGUAGCGGCCACAUUAAAAGGCUUUAACAGCUCCCUGUUCCGGCGAAAAUCGUGACCACUUGCUAAGGCGAGAGUGUAAAGGGUGAGUAAGGAAUAGAAAGAGGGAGCACAGAUAUAGAUAAAAAAGAAAGAGAGAAAGAGAUGGCGGAGUGCGGACGGAAGGCGCUGUCUCUCCUGGAGGCGGCCCGCUCCCGGUACGAGAGCCUGCAGAUAUCCGACGACGUGUUCGGCGAGUCCGGGGAUGACAGCAGUGACAACCCCUUCUACAGCACCUCCGGAGACUCCGACUCCGACAACUACAUCGCCGAAGUGGGCGAGGAGGAGCAGCAGCACCACAAGAAGCGGGACAGCGGGCACGGAGUAGGAGGAGGAGGCAGCGGGAGCUGUGGAGCCGGUCCACCGGGCUCUCUGUCCCGCAGUCAGGCGGAGGAGGACGGCUGGACGGAGGCUCUGCAGGACUUCACGGUGCCACCGUACAAAGACACAUAUGGCCCUGCUCAGAAGAUGCCAGCCACCGCCACAGCCCUCGACUUUUUCCAGCUCUUUGUCCCAGACAACUGCAUCCAAAACAUGGUCACCCAGACAAACAUGUACGCCAAGAAGUUCCAGGAGCGCUUCGGCUCCGACGAAGGCUGGUGCCCCGUCACCGCCCAGGAGAUGAAGGCCUUCCUGGGCUUUGUCACCUCCACCAGUGUGCACCGCUGCGAGUCGGUGCUCAGCAUUUGGAGCUCGGGCUUCUUCAGCAACCGGACCAUCGCCUUGAAGAUGAGCCAGGCGCGCUUCGAGAAGAUCCUCAAGUAUUUCCACAUCGUUGCUUUCCGGCCAUCACAAGGGAGCAACCAGGGUCUGUACAAGAUCCAGCCUUUCCUGGACUCACUGCAGCAGUCGUUCGGCUGCACAUUCAGACCUUCACAGACACAGGUUCUCCAUGAACCCUUGAUAGAUGAGGAUCCAGUGUUCAUUACCACCUGCACAGAAAGAGAGCUGAGGAAGAGGAAGAAGAGGAAGUUCAGCCUCUGGGUUCGACAGUGCACCUCCACCGGAUUCAUUUGUCAGAUCUCUGUCCAUCUUAAGGAGGGCCAAGGUACGGAUGGUCUCGCCACCUUGAAGAACAAGCCUCAGCUCCACAGCCUUGUGGCCAAGCAGCUCUGCCAGAACAUCUCCGGGAAAAACACCAUCAUCUUCACCGGGCCAUCCAUCACAAGCCUCAGCCUUUUCACCGAAUUCAGCAAACAAGACAUCUACUGCUGUGGUCUGCUGAGCACCAGGAAGAGCGACUGCACAGGAUUACCACAGGACAUGCUGGUCUGCAGCUCCACGCCGGCACAGCGCGGCCAAUCAAGGGUGAUGAUGAAAGGCAGCAUGUCACUGAUCAGCUGGUACAACAAGGGACACUUCAGGUUCCUCACCAAUGCGUAUCCCCCAACUAAACAAGGUUUGAUCAUUAAGAGGAAAAGUGGGGAGAUUCCGUGUCCUCUGGCAGUCGAGGCUUUUGCAGCUCACCUCAGCUACAUCUGCAAAUACGACGACAAGUACAGCAAGUACUUUAUCUUCCAUAAGCCCAACAAGACUUGGCAGCAGGUGUUCUGGCUGAGCAUCAGCAUCGCCAUCAACAACGCGUACAUCCUCUACAAGAUGUCCGACGCGUACGCUGUCAAGCGCUACAGCCGGGCGCAGUUUGGAGAGAGACUGGUCAGGGAGCUGCUGGAUCUGGACGACUGCUCACCCACACAGUGAGGACGAGGAGGACAAGGGGGACACACAUACUCACUCAGAACCACACAAACACACAUAUUUACACCCAUCAUUGCGUUUGCAUAGACUCUGCGUUUCUGUGUUAAUGUGAUAAUACUGAAGCGGUGCCAAGCCGACGUCUCUCUUCCUCUAGUUAUCUGUGGUACUGCACCAUGUCCAUGAAACACAGCUACACAUGCUACACAUCAGAGAAACAUGAGCCAUGAGACAAUUCAUCUUCUGACCACACGGAUCAUCCACUAAGGAUUUGUCAGCGGGAGCGAUUCCACGGGCAGAUGAAGGGCGGGAAACGAACAAAUUCACCAUUUAAUGAUGUCAGCCUCGAGUUUCUUCUCUUUUCAAAGUGUGAAAUAAUCGAUGUGGACCUUGAAAUCUCCCCGCGCGACUCUUCACAUUUACACUCACACGACUCUGUCAGAAAAGCUUCGUAAAAGAAAAAAAAAAAAAGCAGAACUAUGGUGUGAUCACACGCUGCAUGCAUAAAGAAUCUGGAUUGUGAUGUUCUCUUUGUCCAGUGUGAAAAUGAACUCUGCUCCAGGUGGGUUUUGUUUGUGCGUUUGUUUGUUUGUUUUUGUUGGUGUGUAUUUAUUUAGCAAGCGGAACUGCCAUUUGUGUGCGCGCCGUUGAGCCUGAGGAUGUAAAUGUGUGGCUGUUUCCUAUCUAAACGUGGUGUUGCUGCUGUACUCUUGACGUAAAGCGGUGUCCCGCCGACUCGCAGAGAGCCCGGAAGAGUUUUUUUUUUUUAAUGUCAUGAAGCCUGUGAAAAAUGGCCAUCCUGGUUUUAUUUAUUAAGAAAAUGCAUCUUCACACUGAGAGAAGAAGAAAAAACGUAACCUGAAACCCACUUUUGUACCUACAGCACUUGUCGAACUUGUCACAUUUUCCUGUUUAGCUGUUUAUGCAAGCUGACAAGCUUUGGCUCCACAGGUCAGAACAUAUUCAAAUGUCCUUCACUGAAUGUUCAGUAAGUCCGUGUUGCUAGGCAACAGUGGGCAGGGGUUUGGGUUAAUGUUGCUUGGUGAGAUUGAGAUCCAAGGGGUAAAAAAAAAAAAGUGAGUGAUUCACUGCAGGUAGUUGACCCAAAACAACAGAUGUUAACGUAAAUUUAAGAGAAGAGGCUUCGGGGGCUUUUUACUGUUGUGCAGUGAUAAUACUUUGGUGAUUAUAAGAACAUGUGCUCUCUACCCACUCAAGAAAUUGAAGUAUUUUGGACAAUUUUAACCAAAUGUUCCCGUCUUCCUGUGGCACAUCUCUUGCCAAGUAACAAAUUAGUCCUGCCGAGUGAGAAACAAGCUCUCGUUCCUGACAGAAUAUCCACUCACAGUCGUCGGACAGCUCUGCUAUGUGUAGAUUUAAUGAGGCUUUUCGUCCAGUUACUUGCUUUGCUCAUGCCAUGCAGUCAUGAAGGUGAAAGGUAUCGAUUGUCGUGUGCUCACUCCAUCGGCUGCAGUCGGACGUGUGAAUUUGUAUUAUGGUACGAAUAUGGGGGGGGGGGGGCUUUAACGGGACUCGUGAUGCACUUUCUCGCGUCACCGUCUCACACUCUUGAGGAGAUUUGUGAGGCUAGCGGCGCGUCUUCUUCGAUUAUCCGUUUAUUUUUUAUUCUCUAGUCCAAUAAUAGUGUACACUUUUCUCAGAAAAAUAGAGAUAUAGCUAUAUGUAGAUGGGUUUAAAUGGGUUAUAUAUAUAUGUAGAUAUAUGUAAGAUUUCACCAAUGAAAUAAGACUGAACAUAAAAUGACUGUAACCAAACCAGAACAGAUUUCCAAUGUAGAUGUAGAGAAUAAGGAUCGAGUAUGUCUGUGUAUAUUUUGUUUACAAACUGUCCAUCAUCACUUUGUCGAGAUUGUGUUGUUGUUGUUGUUGUUUUUUUACUUUUUCACUCAUCCAAGGCAUUGUUGUCGUCACUGAUCGUCUUGUGCACGUGUGUAUGUGUGUGUACUUGUAUAUACGUCUUUAUGAGGACAUUUUGGGCUGGUCCUCAUGUUCUGUCGCACCUUAAAAUGGCUGAUUAGGGUUCACACCUGGUUUUAGGAUUAGGGUUUCAAUAAAUUGUAGGGAAUGGGGUAGGGAAUGUAUUAUGUCUAUGAGUGUCCUCACUAAGAAUGUUGUGCAAGAAUAUAUGUGUGUGUGCAUGUGUAUACCUGGUAUUCCUUAUGUUGUGGGGACCUAAAUCUGUUUACACAUUAUCACAUUGUAGGGAUUUGUCUUCCUUAUGGGGACAAAAAUAACUUAAGUUACUACAUUUUAAGGUGAAGACGUGUUUUAAAGUUAGACUGAGGUUAAAGUUGGGGUCAGGGUUAGGAUUAGGCCAGUACUAAAGUCAAUGCAAUGUCCUCUGAAGUGACGGAAACCAGUUUGUGUGUGUAUUUGUAUUUGUAUUUAUAUCUUUGUGAGGUUCAAAACAUUUUCUGGGCCCAGAACCUUAAAGUGCUUUUUCAGGGUUAAGACCUGGUUUUAGGGUUAAGGGUUAGGCACUUAAUUGUGAGCUUAAGGUUAGGGAAAGGGGCUAGGGAAUGCAUUAAGUUGUCCUCACUAAGAUUUAAAAACAAGUUUGUGUGUGUGUCAGAUGAUCACAAGAGUCACCCUUGUCAUAUAUUUGUAAUUGAAUCACUUUAAAACAUUUGAUGUGGAUAACUUACUCACACCGGGGUCACACUGUUAACCUGAAACACACCUUACCCUUUAUUAUAAUUAACAACACUGACACUUAAAAAAAAUAAUUAAAAAAAAUCACAUAAAAAUUCUUUGUAAAUGAAAUGCCAAGAUUUUAUUUAAAAGCUGAACCGAGUUUAAAUUAUGCAUGAGAAAACAAACUCUCUGCUUCCAUCCCAUUGUUUUCAUUCUUCUGAGGUUUUCACUGAUGCUCUUUUAAUUAGGCCAACUUUUGUUUUUCACCAAUGGCUUAAUGGCACUUGAAAAGAUCAAUGUUGUUGUUGAUCGUGGAAGGAGAUCUUCUCUUUUUGAUGUUUAAAUGUUAAUUUAUAUUUGAUUUGUUAUUGAGAGUGUUCCUUUAAUACAUGAAGCUGAAUCGUUUGCUGCCCUAAAAGUUUUUUGCACUUCUGAUAUUGGGUGUGGUUUUAAAAAAGCCACACCCACUAAUGAUGUCACCAUGUCUUGUACAAACACAAGUUUGCAGGGCCGUUAUUUCUGCUCUCUAAUGCAACACAUACAAGUAUCUUAUAUAAUAUCUAUAAUAGCACCUAUACCAGAUAUGAUACUAACACAGCAGCCAUGUUUGUUUACCUUUAGGCUUAAAAACCUACUUUUAAUACGUAUAUGGUUCAUCUAUUGUCCAGGUUUCAAUGGAAUAAUAGAUUCCGAUUUUUUAUUUCAUCUCAGAAUGACUUUUUAUUUAAUAAAUCUCAUAGUUCUGACUUUUUAUUUAAUCUCAGAGGUCUGACUUUAAUCUCCGAAUUCUGACUUUUUAUUUAAUCUCAGAAUUCUGACUUUAAUCUCAUAGUUUUGACUUUUUAUUUCAUCUCAGAAUUCUGACUUUGUCAAUAAUCUCAGAAUUCUGACUUUAAUAUUAAUGUUUUGACUUUUUAUUUCAUCUCAGAAUUCUGAUUUUGUUAAUAAUCUCAGAAUUCAUGCUGUUUUAUUCAUUUAUUUUUGUAAAUGUGGCCCUAAUAUUCUUCCGUAACUUGCUCUGUAGAAUCAGAAUUAAUUGUUUUUGCACACCCUAAUCCCUUGACUAGUCCCAGGAUUUGAACAUUUGGGAUGUGACCCUCCACUAUCAAGUCCAAUUCCUUUCCUCUCAGCCAUGGGCUGCCCCUGUAGAUCACAUGACCUGAUUUCCUCCCUCCUCCCUGUCAUAAAUACGACUGCUACCCAUCAUGUGACUUAUAAAUGGUAAUCACGAGUUGUAAUCAGCUGCUGAACAGACAUUUAAGAGAAAUAUCUGGAUAAAUGUAGAAAAACAUACCGGACACUGCAGUGACCUUUAAUGUUCCUGACGUUAGUUUUGCCAUUUCAUUGCACCAGUUUUCCACUCCUGACAUUUACACAGUGAGAAAAUCCAUCAUGUUAAAGGCAGAGAAAGCAGUUUCUGUCCUGAGUGUGUCUGCAAGGCAUGUAGUCAUGUGUAAGCUCUUCAAAGCAAAACAGCAGCCAUGCAGACUGAAUGCAUGAUGAGUCGUGAAGCAUGUGGAAUUAUCGGAAUUAUCUAAAUCAAGCAGGUGUCGCAACAACCUUAAAAUGAAUUCUUAGGAUGCCUGUGUGUGUGUGUGUGUGUGUGUGUGUGGGUCCUCUUCUAACUCUCAUCUCUGACCAAAAAUGAAGAAAUUAUGGAAAUCAUGCAGCAGAGAAUCUGCAAGGCCACCGUUACAUAGCAACAAAUUAUAUAUGGUAGGAAAGAAAAAGACAGAAUAUUCACAGUUUAUCAGUUUUUCUGAUAAUUUUGUUAUAGCCCCAGUCACAGAAAGAGCAGAGCUUCACUUUCAUCAUCUAUCAUCCUGCUCUCAUACAUUUAACUCAUAUAGAAUAGUUAUAUAAUGUAUAUUUUAACAUAUAUAAUUUAAAAAAAAAGGUGGUUUAGUUUUAAAUUCAGAGUAUUAUCGAAUAAAGAUAGUGCUUCUUUCUGUUCCUUGUGGAGUCAUAUCAAGUGGAGUUGAAAUGACGGAUUCAAUUUGAAAAGCAUAAUAAAUAUAAUAUCCUGCUCUGUGGGCUGAAAAUAACAGCAACUAGAUAAAUAUAGCAUUAUAUAAAGACCUUUAUUUAUUCAUUAAAUAUUUUUUUAAUGUGGCAUUUUGCACUUUUUACACCACCUGCUGCGAUGCUUCACAGAAUAUUUCACACUUGUUGUUCGCUAAGAAUCAGCAGUCUGUCUGUCUGUCUGUCUGUCCACUUACUUGUUCAUAAAAUAUUGUUUUUAAAUGUGUUAUGUUUGUUUUGUUGCUGUGGGCAAAGUACUGGCCCACAAAAAUCAGUAAGUUUAACAUCCAAAUAUCAAAUUUAGGCUGAUAGAAACAAGGUGAAAAUGAAGGAAAAAUAUGUACUUUGACUUUGAUGAGUCACACUACAACAGUGUCUGGGUUUUUCUUAUAUCUGGCCUCUUUGUACAAACAGCAGCGAUGACUCACGUCUUUCAUUUAAGUCCAUCCAUGAGUAAACAAAGACAGGUGAGAGAAGAAAAAUAAAAAGAAGAUUCUGUGAUUUAUCUGUCGAAUCGUUCACUUCAAAUCAUCCUCACAUGCUGUGAAACCAAUCAAACUCCACUGUCUCUUGUCCCGUGCUGAUGAAUUUGUGUAUAGGAUGAUGUUUGAUGUAUGUAUUUCGGUGUGUAACGUGUGUGUGUGCCAACGUGCCGUCGACAGUGUGAACACCGGCGUCAUUGUGACCCAGACGGACGUCAUACAGUAAACGAUGUGGAACUCAUGUGGCUGACUGACCUCAGGGCUUCAUAACUAACUGCUGUACCAUAAUCUCCACUAACUGAACUAAUCUGCACCACGCUGAAUGGACACUGUAACCUUACCAGGUGCUACUAUUAAACCACUGUACAAGUAAUAACACAAAUAAUUAGAUGUUGUGGUUUUGAGAGGAUCGGACGCAGAGGUGACGGCGAUGACAUGAUUGUUGCAGUUGUUGUAGAUUUCUAGAUUAAAAAAAAUGUCAAACAAAUAUGAAAAAAGCUUAAUGUCAAACUGUUUGUAACGGUGGACGAUGUCAAGGGUCACAUGCAGGAGGCUCAGAAUGGUGUGUGUGUGUAUGUUUGUACAGGUAUGUGCAUGUCAUGUUGUAAAAUAACUGGUGUAUGCAGGACCAAAUCACUUUCUAAAAAUGUGCGUGGUGGUGAUGAUGAGCUGUCGUGUAAAUGUGUCUUCAUUAAAAAACGUUCUCGGCGUGUGGGUGCUCCACUGAA